CUUCGGGUCUCCAUGCCUCGGCAGAGCCCUGCUCCGCAGCCAACGGCCCGCAAGCCGUAGCCAUGGCCGCCGUGGCCGUCCUUCGGAACGACUCGCUACAGGCCUUCCUCCAGGAUCGCACCCCCAGCGCCUCCCCGGACCUGGGCAAGCAUUCGCCCCUGGCGCUCCUAGCCGCCACCUGUAGCCGCAUCGGCCAGCCGGGCGCCACGGCGCCCCCGGACUUCCUGCAGGUGUCCUAUGACCCCGCACUGGGCUCGCCCUCCAGGCUCUUUCACCCGUGGACCGCCGACAUGCCGGCGCACUCGCCCGGCGCGCUGCCGCCCCCGCACCCCAGCCUGGGGCUCACACCACAGAAAACGCACCUGCAGCCGUCCUUCGGGGCGGCGCACGAGCUGCCGCUUACACCCCCUGCCGACCCCUCGUAUCCCUACGAGUUCUCACCGGUCAAGAUGCUGCCCUCGAGUAUGACGGCGCUGCCCGCCAGCUGCGCGCCCGCCUACGUGCCCUACGCAGCCCAGGCCGCGCUGCCGCCCGGCUACUCCAACUUGCUGCCACCGCCGCCCACGUGCCGCCAGCUGUCCCCCAAUUCGGCCCCCGAUGACCUGCCGUGGUGGAGUAUCCCGCAGGCCGGCACCGGUCCGGGAACCUCAGGGGUUCCGGGGGGCAGCCUCUCCGGCGCCUGUGCCGGGGGCCCCCACGCGCCGCGCUUUCCUGCCUCGGCGGCCGCCGCCGCCGCCGCCGCGUUGCAGCGGGGCCUGGUGUUGGGCCCGUCGGACUUCGCGCAGUACCAGAGCCAGAUCGCAGCGCUGCUGCAAACCAAGGCCCCCCUGGCGGCCACGGCCAGGAGGUGCCGUCGCUGCCGCUGCCCCAACUGCCAGGCUGCGGGCGGCGCCCCAGAGGCAGAGCCGGGCAAGAAGAAGCAGCACGUGUGCCACGUGCCGGGCUGCGGCAAGGUGUACGGCAAGACGUCGCACCUGAAGGCGCACCUGCGCUGGCACACGGGCGAGCGGCCCUUCGUGUGCAACUGGCUCUUCUGCGGUAAGAGCUUCACGCGCUCGGACGAGCUGCAGCGGCACCUGCGGACUCAUACGGGCGAGAAGCGCUUCGCCUGCCCCGAGUGCGGCAAGCGCUUCAUGCGCAGCGACCACCUCGCCAAGCACGUCAAGACGCACCAGAAUAAGAAGCUCAAAGUUGCUGAGGCCGGGGUCAAGCGGGAGGACCCGCGGGACCUGUAAGCCCCCUCCCCGGGGGCCUCUCCUGCCUCGGGCUCCCUACCCAGCACCUCUUCGGAGGGGUUCCGGGGGCCUGUGGAUAGCCGCCCGAGGGGAGACCCAACAGAGGCACCUGCCCCUUCCUGCUUGCCCGCCUCCCAAAACGGCGCCAGGCCUGCAGCUUCCCUGGCCGGCCUGCCUGCGGACAGGGACCCUGUGCCCACGAAGAGCAGGGGAGGUAGGGUUGAGAGCUCUGCGUCAGGAAAGAGAGCUUUCAGUCUCUGAACCAUUCCCACCGUCUGGGAGACCUACAGUUUGGGGGGAUCACCCUGGGCUGACCUUUGUAUAUAGGAAACGCUGCUGAAAUCGAAGCGGAAGGACCUCAAGAGAUUUGAAAUAGUGCUGAGUUUUUUGCUAGGACUGGGCCGGAAUUUGUACAGGUUAUUUAAUAGCUUUCUUAAAGAAUAAUUAUAAUAAUUAUAACAUUAAUUAAAAUGUUACUUUUGUCCUCAGCUCCGUGCAGAGCUACAGCAUGAAAUGUCUCUGUAAA